AUGACAAACAUCCGAAAAAAACACCCAUUAAUUAAAAUCAUCAAUGAAUCCUUCAUUGAUCUCCCAGCCCCAUCCAAUAUUUCAUCAUGAUGAAACUUCGGAUCCCUACUUGGAGUAUGCCUAAUAAUUCAAAUCCUAACAGGCUUAUUUCUAGCCAUACACUACACAUCAGACACAACUACAGCAUUCUCAUCAGUAACACACAUCUGCCGAGACGUCAACUACGGCUGACUUAUCCGAUAUAUACACGCAAACGGAGCCUCAAUAUUCUUCAUCUGCUUAUUCCUUCAUGUAGGACGAGGAAUAUAUUAUGGGUCAUACACAUUCAUAGAAACAUGAAACAUUGGAGUUGUACUAUUAUUUGCUGUAAUAGCAACAGCAUUCAUAGGAUAUGUACUUCCAUGAGGACAAAUAUCCUUUUGAGGAGCCACAGUAAUUACCAACCUAUUAUCAGCUAUCCCCUAUAUCGGAACAACCUUGGUAGAGUGAAUCUGAGGAGGAUUCUCAGUAGACAAAGCAACCCUAACACGAUUCUUCGCAUUCCACUUCAUCUUACCUUUCAUCAUCACAGCCCUAGUAGUAGUCCACCUAUUAUUCCUACAUGAAACAGGAUCUAACAACCCAUCAGGCCUAAACUCAGACGCAGAUAAAAUUCCAUUUCACCCCUACUACACUAUUAAAGAUAUUUUAGGAAUCCUCCUACUAUUAAUAGUUCUCAUAAUUUUGGUUUUAUUUUUCCCAGAUAUUCUCGGAGACCCCGAUAAUUACACUCCUGCAAAUCCACUUAAUACCCCAGCACACAUUAAACCAGAAUGAUACUUCCUCUUCGCCUACGCCAUCCUACGCUCAAUCCCCAAUAAACUAGGAGGAGUAAUAGCCCUAGUCCUCUCAAUCCUAAUCCUAGCCCUCCUACCUCUACUACAAACCUCAAAACAACGAGGAUUAAUAUUUCGACCUAUCUCCCAAACCCUAUUCUGAAUUCUAGUAGCUAACCUCUUUAUCCUCACAUGAAUUGGAGGUCAGCCCGUUGAACACCCAUUCGUUAUAAUUGGACAGCUAGCCUCAAUCAGCUACUUCACCAUUAUUAUUAUCUUAAUACCCGUAGCAGGAAUGAUUGAGAACAACAUACUAAAAUUCACCCAUU